CGUUCUACGUAUAAAAAAAAAAAAAAAAUACUAAGUAAAAAAUACUGAAUAAACAUUUCAAUUUAUUAUUUCACUUACUAAGUAAAAAUAAAACAUAGAAAAUAAUUUAAUACGGUGCGCUAUCCAACCGUGUUAUUAAAAUUAAAGAAAUUUUUAUUAAAAAACAAAACGAAACGAAAUUUUCAUUUGCAAAUUUUGCAUUUUGUUCUAUUUAACUUGACGUCGUUCGUCUGUCUAUUAAUUAAACAUUGUGGUUUUAAACAAUAAUCACUUGAGUGCUCAAAGAAAGAAAACAAAACUAAAAAUCUAAAAUAAUUAUAAUUAAUAAUAAUAAAAAGUAAUUUAUGAAAUAUUAAUUAUGUAUUAAGAAAAAAAGUGUAUGAAAAAUAUAAAUAUACAAAUAUCUGGUGCGAGUACAAAUAAAUAAAAGUUUAAUUUCAAUUAAAAUAUUUUAAAUUGAUGAUGUUUAAGAUGAAAUAAACAAAAAAUUGUUUUGAAAAUAAAAAAGUAAAAAUUGUUUUAAUCAUUUACUUUCUGUUUGUGUGUAUGAUUUUUAAUCGAAAUUAAACAUCUACAAAACAACAAUACAAUAAAAAUAAUAAAUAAAUACAUUAUAAUCGAAUUGAAUUCGAAUCAAAGAACAGUCAAAGUUUCUGUGAGUGAGUGAAAAUUCCAAAAAAAUACUCUUUUGUAUCUGCAAAAAAUAUUCAAAUUCAAACAAAAAAUACAAUUUGAAAAAAAAAGAUUCAAAAAGAUGCUAUAAAACAUAAACAAAUAAAUAAAUGAAAUUGAAUUUUUAAAGUAAAUUAAAUAAAUUUUACAUUUACUACUACUGUAUUGUUAUUGCCACAAUUAAUGCCAGCCAACAAAACAGUCAGCAAAAGUGUUUAUUUGUUUUUCCUACACAUGAUUGAGAUGAAGAUGCUGGUGAUGCUACUACCACACAGAUGCUGCCACAAAUAAUUGCUGAUGCUGCUAUGUUACUAAUACGACUACACGACUUCUGCUAACCAAAUAACCAAAUCGCUAUUAUUACUGCUGCUGCUGUUGUUAAUAAUAAAUGUUUUUGUACAAUAAAAAUAAAAGUGAACAGAAUUAAAUUAAAUCAAUCAUCACUUUUCAGCUUUAUAACCCAUUGUUAAUGACAACAUUAUCAAAAUACACUCGACACGAACUGUCUGUCUGCGUGCUAGCUUACGUCCAGAGUCAGUGAGCGAGUUUCCUAUUGCUAUUGGUGGGUUGGGCAAUAAAAUAAACCGACUUUUCGUCAUUAUCUAGACAAAAAUAUCGUUUGUACAACAAACAGCAACAACAACAUUUUUAAAUAUCCCAUCGUUAUUGCCGCUGUAGCUGCCAUUUAUUGCCACUGCAUUCAAAUAUUGCUGUGAGUUGCUGUUAAUAUUUAUUCAUCACAAUAAAACAACAAUAAUAACAACAACAUCAUCGUCAACAACAACAAUAACAAGAAUAAUAAUUGUUUGUUUGAAGCGGAAAAUAUAUGCUCAUAAUCGUGCUAACAAGCAGACAAGUUAAAUUUACUAAAACAGCAACAGACAUUUUAAGAAUAUCAACCAAUUUAUUAUUGAAACUUUAUUAACGCUUAUUUUGAGAAGGAAAACGAAAUCAAUUAAAGGACUUCUCCAUGUUGGGCAAAUUUACAUCAAAUCAUGUUCAGGUCUAUCAUCAGUAUUCCCGUACUGUUUCAUUAAAGAAACCUAAAAAGACAAAUACAGAACAACUGUUGUCAAGUGCAACAUAAAUAAAGAUAAAAACCAAAUAUUAAAUUUAAAAUAAUAAAAUUUCGCAGAAUAAAAAUAAGAAUUGCUUCAAACACAUACGGAAAAGGAUAUUGAAACACUCACAACAAAGUAAAACAGGAUUCACAAUAAAAUAUAAAUAAAUAAAAAAAGAGAAAGCGUAACAAGAGGAAACAGAAAGGCGGUUACAGUAAUAACAAUCGCAAAUUCGCAAGAGACAAUGUUAAUACAACAAUAGCAAAAAAAUAAAUCGCAAUUCAUAAAUUUAUAACUACAUAUAACGAAACAUUGCAAAAAUAAAAAAAAAAUAAAAUCCAAAGAACAAAAGAAAAAAUAUAUAAAUAAAAAAUACUAACUGAGAAUAACAUCUGUAAAAUACUGACUAAAUGUCUGUCAUCUGUCAGUAAAUCAACAACGACAUCAUCAACAACAAUUACAACGCCUACGACCUAGAACAGCAACAACAUCAACAUCAUCUCUAGCAUUUGAAUCGUAACGAACGUUUCGUGGGAGUGUGUGUGUGUUCGGUGUGAGGGUGUAUCCUGUUGGCGUUUUUUAUAAAAAAAACGCCGUGUAACAAUUUUGUGGCAAGAGUGUAAAGAUUACAAAAAUUCCACAAUUCCGGAAUAUGUUGAAGCCAAAACGUCAAGCCAAACAGAAACCUAAAGCCAAACCGAUACCAUGGGGAUUGAAAAAAAUCUGUUGGGGAUUGAUAAAUAUAACUGUGCCCAGGAUUCUCCACAAUUAACACAAAGAUACAUACGGAGUGUUUCUAAAGACUUUUCAACGGUACGUCGUUUUAGUACAACUCCAGUGGAUGUAAUUAAUUCCUCACCCUUUUCGCAUAAACCCUCAAUACGUGGUAUUCGCUCCCGUAAACAUGCACGGAAACGUUCAUCGAUUUCAUCGACACUAACAAAAGUUCUAGUACUGAAUGUACGUGAUUUAUUGCGUGUUCCAGAUCCAAGUGAUAAUAAUGAUGAGCAUCAGCCUCGAAGUUGGAUUGAAACAAAUUUUCAAAAGCGUGAAUGCAUCAAAUUCAUCCCAUGUCCCAAGGACGACACAAAAUGCUGCUGCGGUCAAGCACGUCAAACACAUCAAACUAUAGCCGGCAUCGAAAGCGGUUCACCCGGUGAUUUAUGGAUGCCCACUAAACAUACCAGAGCUCAGCCAACAGAUGCUUAUGGUACAAUAGAAUUUCAAGGUGGAGCCCAUCCAACAAAAGCCCAGUAUGUCCGUUUAUCAUUCGACACCCGACCUGAAUUAUUAGUACAACUUUUUACCAAAGAAUGGAACUUAGAAUUACCAAAGCUUCUGAUAACAGUACAAGGCGGUAAAGCAAAUUUUGAAUUACAGCCAAAAUUGAAGAAGGAAAUUCGAAAAGGUUUAUUGAAAGCUGCCAAAACAACGGGAGCGUGGAUUUUUACAGGUGGCACAAAUACAGGUGUAACCAAACAAGUUGGUGAUGCUUUGCUUUUGGAAGGCCAACAACGGACUGGUCGUGUUGUAAGUAUUGGUAUUGCACCCUGGGGUAUUGUUGAACGUAAUCAUGAACUUUUGGGUCACAAUCGUGAGGUGCCAUGUCACAGCAUCAGUUCACCCAGAUCCAAAUUGGCUGUGCUAAAUAAUCGUCACGCUUAUUUUCUUUUGGUCGACAACGGAACACAAGCAAAAUAUGGUGCUGAACUAAUUUUAAGAAGAAAAUUAGAAAAAUUUAUAUCAAACCUUAAGCUGCAUCCAUUUACACAUUCCAGUACACCCGUAGUUUGUCUUGUUAUCGAGGGCGGUACAAACACAAUACGUGCAGUUUUAGAAUACGUGACGGAUACACCACCCGUGCCUGUGGUAGUGUGCGAUGGCUCUGGGCGUGCUGCCGAUUUAAUAGCUUUUGUUCAUAAAUACGCAUCGGAUGGCGACGAACAACCCGUUUUGGAAUCCAUGAGAGAUUAUUUAAUUAAUACAAUACAAAAAACAUUUGAAGUCGGCUCGGAUCAGGCUGAAAAACUUUAUCAAGAACUUUUACAAUGUACACGCAACAAAAAUUUGAUAACAAUAUUUCGUAUUCAAGAAAAGCCUGAGGGUGAAGCCCAGGAAUUGGAUCAAACCAUUUUAACAGCACUUUUCAAAUCACAACAUUUAAGCCCGCCUGAACAGUUGAGUUUGGCACUGACAUGGAAUCGUGUCGACAUUGCUCGCAGUGAAAUCUUUGUCUAUGGUCAAGAAUGGCCAUUAGGAGCCUUGGAUGAAGCUAUGAUGCAGGCACUAGAACAUGAUAGAAUAGAUUUUGUGAAAUUACUUUUAGAAAAUGGUGUUUCAAUGAAGAAAUUUUUGACAAUACCCCGCCUUGAGGAACUUUACAAUACAAAACAUGGUCCAGCAAAUACUUUAGGUUAUAUUUUACGCGAUGUACGUCCUCAUAUACCCAAAGGAUACGUUUAUACAUUACAUGAUAUUGGUCUAGUUAUUAAUAAAUUAAUGGGUGGUGCUUAUAGAUCUUAUUAUACACGCCGAAAAUUUCGUCCUAUUUACGCCAAAGUAAUGAACAGUUAUGCAAAUGCACAUCGAAAAUCCUCCACGUAUCAACGUUAUGCCGGCGCGAAUUCAUUAAGUUUGGUAACGGGUCUUUUGCCCUUCACAUCGGAAAUGGCACUUUUUGAAUUUCCGUUUAAUGAACUUUUGAUUUGGGCCGUGUUAACAAAACGUCAACAAAUGGCUUUACUAAUGUGGACACAUGGUGAGGAAGCUUUAGCUAAAUCCUUGGUAGCAUGUAAGCUUUACAAAGCCAUGGCUCAUGAGGCAGCCGAAGAUGAUUUGGAUACAGAAAUUUAUGAAGAAUUACGUUCCUAUGCCAAAGAAUUUGAAAGUAAAGGUAUUAAAUUGCUGGAUUUCAGCUAUAGAACAGAUGGCGAGAAGGCUCAACGGCUGUUAACGUGUGAACUACAUUCAUGGUCGAAUCAAAGUUGCCUUUCUCUGGCUGUUGCAGCGAAUCACAGAGCAUUACUGGCACAUCCUUGCAGUCAAGUUAUUUUAGCCGAUCUAUGGAUGGGUGGUUUACGAACCCGAAAGAAUACCAAUUUUAAGGUUAUACUUGGACUUGUUUUGCCAUUUUAUAUUAAACAUUUGGAUUUUAAAUCCAAAGAAGAACUUCAGCAGAUGCCUCAGACUGAGGAAGAACAUUUGGAAAAUCAAAAUUUAGACAAUGAUGACUCUGAUCGUUCACAUCCCGAUGCUGAGAAUCCUCUUGCGAAAGCGAAAAGAUCUAUAUCUUUGAAAUAUAGGAUGGGCAGUAAUAACAAUAACGCUGAAAAGUAUAAAUUAUUACAAAUCGAAACAAAAAUUGAGAAAUCAUCACCAUCCCCAAAUAAUAGUUACGCUAAUUCUACCAAUGCACUUUUGGCGGAUACAUAUUCUCUGCGUGAUACCAAAGUACAUGAAAACGGAAAAGUUAAUAUCACUGCCGGGGCGGAAGAACCACCCUCCAAAGUAUCAUUGACGGAUUCGGAUCCAUCACAAUUUCGAGAAUUUUUCCAUACAACCGAUUACGAAGUGAAACAGCAUCAACCCUUAAGGCUGAAAAAGAAAGUGUAUGAAUUCUACACAGCACCUAUAACGAAAUUUUGGGCUGAUUCGAUGGCGUACAUGUUUUUCCUUUUGAUGUUCACAUUUACGGUAUUGGUUAAAAUGGAGCAAAAACCACGAUGGCAGGAAAUGUAUUCUAUUGCGUAUAUCGCAACAUUGGGCUUUGAAAAAAUUCGUGAAAUUAUUUCCUCAGAACCUGUGGCAAUAACACAUAAAUUUUCCGUUUGGGCUUGGAACAUGUGGAAUCCUUGUGAUGGUGCGGCAAUUAUACUCUUUUUCAUUGGACUCUCAUUGCGUUUUCGACCAAAUACCAUGGACAUUGGAAGAGUUAUUUAUUGUGUGGACAGUAUCUAUUGGUAUUUAAGGAUUUUAAAUAUUUUGGGUGUUAAUAAGUAUUUGGGUCCACUUGUAACAAUGAUGGGUAAAAUGGUUAAAAACAUGAUUUAUUUUGUCGUUCUCCUCGCUGUGGUCUUGAUGAGUUUUGGUGUCAGUCGUCAGGCUAUUCUAUUCCCCAAUAUGGAACCUACUUGGCGUCUAAUACGAGAGGUCACCUAUCAACCGUACUUCAUGUUGUAUGGUGAAGUAUUUGCAGAUGAUAUUGAUCCACCAUGUGGUGAAAAUCCAAGUCAGCCCGCAUGUGUUACAGGACACUGGGUUACACCGAUUACUAUGUCAAUGUAUUUGUUGAUAGCAAAUAUUUUAUUAAUUAAUUUAUUAAUUGCGGUAUUCAAUAAUAUUUUCAAUGAAGUCAAUUCGGUUUCACAUCAGGUAUGGAUGUUCCAACGUUUCACCGUAGUCAUGGAAUAUCAACAGAAGCCCGUGCUGCCACCUCCGUUCAUAGCGUUUUGUCAUUUCUAUUCGCUGCUAAAGUAUUGUAUACGCAAAGCCAAAGGAUUGGAAGUUCAACGGGACAAUGGCUUGAAGCUGUUCUUGGAAAAGGAUGAUCUCGAGCGUUUGUAUGAUUUUGAAGAGGAGUGUGUUGAAGGAUUUUUCCAUGAACAGGAGAUCAUUUUAAAUCAAUCGACAGAGGAGCGUGUAAAGAAUACUACAGAACGUGUUGAGACGAUGGCUCAGAAAAUAGAAGAUAUAAAUCAAAAGGAAAAUUUACAAACUGCCACUGUACAGAAUAUCGAGUUUCGUUUACGCAAAAUGGAAGAAUCAUCGGAACAAAUUUUAAAUCAUUUAGCAGUGAUACAUCGUUUUAUGGCCAUGCAUACAAUGGGCCAAGAUGAUUUCAAUUCAUCGAAUAUAAAUAUACCUGGAGACUUGCAACGCUUACGAACUGUAUCCGUAUCUGACAAUGAAGCUGCAGGAGCCGGAAGUGGUGGUAGCGGUGGGUUCGGAGGAGGAGGAGGCGGCGGCCUAUCGAAUAGUCUACAGGUAACAAACCGUCGAAGAUUUAAUCGUUCUUUAACAGAAGUCCGGCCAGAUGCAUAUAUAUUUGAUGAUGGGGCCCAUUUUGAGGUGGUGCCCGUGCCAGAGGAAACAGAUGAAGUUGUAAAAUCACGUGAAGCCCUUAACGAACAGGUGCGAAAAAUAUCUGUCCAAUCCGAAUCGGAUUCUGAUGUGUACGUGCCCCUGUCUCAACGGCCAUCUACAUGUGAGACUGUGAAACGAACACCAUAUGUGACCGUACGCCAGGACACAGGAGCAAGUACGGAAAGUAAAGAUACCUUAACACCACUGGGAAAUGAUGACGAUCAAACACUAGUAGGUGAAAAUUCCGAUGAAACGGGACCAGAUAUAACUUUUGAAGCUGCCAGACAUCGAGCUAUGCGCCAACGUACUGUUUCUUUGUGUCGCAGAAAUUCUGAGACGUGUUCCAUUGUUGGCGACAUAAGUCGUUCUCAUAUAAGUCUGAAUCAAUUACAUUUAACGCGUCGUCAAAUGAGUCUUACGCAAUCGGAACCGGACAGUGAUAAGGAAGCACAAACAGGAAAAUCUGUACUACAUGCAAAACCCUCGAGAAACAUUCUCUUGAAAUUGCAUAGCGAAUACACUUCCAUCACUGAUGAAUUGGAGAGUGUUUGUCAUAUGAUUGCCUCGCCUACAGUAUCACUUCCAAGUCAUAAAACACCAUUGGAUCGACCAAAAACGGAAAUGUCGAAAGCCGAAAGAGCAGCUCUAUUAGAAAAGCAACAUUUAAAAGAAUGCGAAGAAAAUGAUUAUCAAAUGCUUGAGGGUCUAUUUACGGCGCGUGCCUCUAUUGAUGAUACUGACGACUCUUAUGAGGCUGGUGCAUCUGUUGACUUCAGUCAUCGACAUCCUCUUAGACGAGAAACUGCUAUCGAAUUGUCACCGUCUAAACCACCAGCUGGUGGCGGUGUGGUUGGAGCUUGUGAUAGUAGUGACACUAGCGGCCCAGCUACUGGCGCUUUUCAAGUGAAAAAUGAACGUCCCUGGCAACGUAAUGCCUCUAUGGAACAACAACAAACAUAUCAUUCACCCGUAGUACCACAACGUGCUACCAGUGAGUUUUUAAAUCCACCGUAUGAGAGUACCGGCCGCCUCUUUAAAAAGUCCAGUGAAAGUUUACAGAAGAAUUCCAGUACCGACACUGACUAUUCAGCGCAUCCAUAUCGUUUUAUUAAGCAAAGUUCAAAUGAUACCACCACCUCGAUGACCGGCUCGUAUAAUAUCGACACACCAUCGUUGACGGCUGAGCCAUCUCUCGACGCAGUUGAUAUACAGUCACAAUCACAAUCCCAAACAUUAGGGACGACAGUGCUCGAGGGUGGUGUUAGUUUAAGUGGAGGCAGUAGUCUGAGCAUCUCUGCACGUUAUCAACCGUUGCGUACCUCGUCCGUUGGUGCUUCUGAUGUUAAGCGCUCAACUGACGAAGGAUCAGCUUCCCUAGAUUUUGGAACAACGAAUAUAAUGACGCAGGUGCAACCGCCUCCACGAGCUAUGCAGUUGAAGAAACAGUUUAGCUUGGACCAAGGCAAGCAGCAACAGCCACCACCGAUACCACCAACCUCACGUUUAUCAAGCACCGAAACACCCACCUCAACCACAGAAUUGGCACCCUCAUCAUCAUCCUCGGCAUCUGCUUCUGCAUUAGCAUCCUCAUCAUCCAAAAUGCAGACACCUUCGAAACAUGCAGCUACAAUUGCCGCCGGUGCUGUGUUGCCUUCAACGGUUCCUGCCAAAUUGAUUUCCUCACUUAAACCACCGCUUACCAGUAAAUUCGGCAUGAAUAUACUCAAAGAGAGUAGCUCGAGCACUGAAGAAUCCAAGGAUGGUGACCAGACCAGUGUGGCUCCUAGCGGCCCCGCUGUUACCAUACCGCAAAUUAGCACAGAUCUUGUCCAAGAUGAAAUUGCAAAACUAUCAUCGAAUAUUAAGAGCAGCACCGAAUCAGAAAAGGAUCCGCCCUACAAUGAAACAAUGUGCUGAUUUUUAUUGAAACUUGGAAUGAUUAUUGCCAUAACAUCCUUAUCAAAAGAAAUUCCUCGUUCUCAUCAUAGCGUUCACUAUACGCAUUUUGAUGAAGUCCAAUGGAAUAGAAAUUAAACUGAAAAAAAGUUAAUAUUUUUUCGAUUGUAAAUAUAAUUAUAUAAUAUAUAGUGAAGGAUAUAUUGAUUUUGUAAAAAUAGUAUAUAACAAAAUAUAAUGAUGUGCAUAUACAAUACAUUUCGGUUGUUUAGAAACGCAUAAUGUCAAGACAAACCCCUCGCCCAUGCCCUUGCUUUCCCCAAAUCCCACUCUCCCUGUCUGUGUCUGUAAAAUGUUAAGGAUAUAAAAAAAAAACAAAGUCAAAUUUAAAUCUAAGCUAAUUUAAUUAAUCGUAUUAAAUCAAAUAGUAAUUACAAUAAUAUUUUUAAAAUUUCAAACAUUUAAUUAUAAAUUAAUUUAUUUAGAAUCCAAAAUAUUUGCAAAAAGACCAUUUGUAUACAUAGAAAUAGUUAAUUAAUUUAUUAGAAAUGUUUAAAUUAUAAACGGCUGUAUAUGUAUGUAUGUGUCUGUGUGCUGUACAAUAUUUUUAAAAACGUGUAUUUGUGUUUUAUUUUUUAAAAUAUUUAUGUACUUAAAUUGUAUGUAUACUUAAGAAUUGCCAUUUAUUGCAACAAAUUAAAAAUUUAAAAUAAUUAUCUAUUAUGUUUUUAGACAAAUACAAACUAAACAAACAAAGAAAAACAAACAGAUGUCGAAAAAUUUUUAUUUGAGUCCAAUUAAAUUCAUCUGUAAUAUAUGUAUGUAGAAUGUGUUAUGGAGAAAAACUUAGUAAAGUAAGGUGGGAAUAUAUGU